CCAGUCCAUUCUUCAUAACUUCAAAGAAGUUGUGCGCUUACAGGGAAGCAUUUCAAUACAGAUGUACAACAUAAUUCCCUGGCUGAUGAAGUGGCUACCUGGACCUCAUAAGACAAUGUUCACUCUGACACAACAGAUAAGGGACUUCGUAGAUAUCAGGAUCAGAGAACACAGAGAAACCUUUAACCCAGCGUCACCGAGAGACUAUAUUGAUGCCAUGGACCUGUUUUUUGCUGGAACUGAAACUACUGCCACUACUUUACGCUGGGGGUUGCUUUACAUGAUCUACUACCCUGAUAUACAAGAGAGAGUUCAAGCUGAGAUCGAUGCUGUGGUUGGUUCGUCCAGACAGCCCUCUGUGAGUGACCGAGAAAACAUGCCCUAUACUGAUGCUGUCAUCCAUGAGAUCCAGAGAAUGGGCAACAUCAUUCCUCUCAAUGUGCUUCGUAUGACAAGCAAUGAAACUACAGUGGAUAAAUACACAAUCCCAAAGGGUACCAUGAUACUGGCUUCCCUGGACUCAGUCCUACACGAUGAGUCAAUGUGGGAAACUCCACACUCUUUCAAUCCUCAACACUUUCUGGACAAGGAUGGUAAAUUUCAUAAGAGAGAUGCUUUCCUUCCAUUUUCUACAGGUAAGCGUGUGUGUCUUGGAGAACAGCUGGCCAGGAUGGAGUUAUUCCUGUUGUUUACUUCCCUCCUCCAAAGGUUUUCUCUUUCGCCACCUGCUGGAGAGCAGCCCAGUCUGGAUUUCCAGUUGGGAGGCAUGCGCUGUCCCAAACCUUACCGCCUCUGUGCUGUACCACGUUAAACCAUCAACUAUGGCAAACUGAAAAUAAAUCACUCCUUUAUUACAUUUAUCA